UUGCCCAAAACCCUUGGGUGGGAAUACUUCGUUUGGCCUUUCUGAAAGCACAUUCACGUGGCAUGAAGACCAAUCAACGUUUAUUAAACUUGAUGCUCUUCUCACCUAUUCUUAAAUAUACAUUCAUACAUAUGAAAUCGGCAAGAGAAAUUUAGCUCAACGAACUGACGUCCAGGCCUCUCCUUAAUUUCUUUCUCUUUCUGCUUCUUUCUUUUUGUCUCUUCUCUUGCAGAUACUCAAAAUGGCAGAAGGGUUACUAACGAGUUCGUUCAUUAUGAAAAGUGGUGUCUCCAUUCAUAGCUUUCAUAGUGAACCACUGCUGCCAGAUGAGCCUUCUGGGCCUGUCACUUCCAAGCUUAUUUUCAGCAGCGUGGUUGCCGUAUGCGGCUCUUACGUUUAUGGACAUGCCGUGGGAUAUUCAUCGCCCGCUGAGUCCGGAAUAGUUGACGACCUUGGCCUGACGACGGCACAGUAUGCUGUUUUCAGCUCUAUAUUGACAAUAGGAGCAAUGCUGGGAGCGGUGAUAAGUGGGAGAAUUGCAGACUUCAUUGGACGAAGAUGGGCAAUGGGAAUUUCGGAAUUGAUCUGCAUAGCUGGUUGGGUUUUAAUGAUAUUCGCCAAGGAUGCAACAUGGCUAGACUUGGGAAGAUUUAUAUUGGGAUGUGGAAUUGGACUUACUUCUUAUUGCGUUCCCAUAUAUGUUGCAGAAAUUUCUCCUAAACAUGUUAGGGGAGCUUUUACUGCCCUAAAUCCGUUGUUUAUGGGUUUAGGCCAAUCUUUGGCCUUUCUCUUCGGUUCUAUUGUCAACUGGCAAAUCUUGGCUUUUAUAGGAAUUGUUCCAGGACUAAUACAACUUCCUUGCCUAUUCUUCAUUCCAGAGUCCCCCAGAUGGCUGGCAAAUAUAGGUAAAAUGAAAGAGUUUGAAGAUUCUCUGCAGCGCCUGAGGGGACCGGAUGCUGAUGUUGCUCCAGAAGCGGCUGAAAUCAAAGAAUAUACAGAAUAUCUUACGCAGAUGUCAGAAGGUGGAUUUUUCAACAUGUUCCAACGAAAAUAUCUUUAUACACUCAUUGUUGGAGUCGGCCUGAUUGUAUUCCAACGAUUUGGGGGACUCUAUGCUUUUGUCUUCUAUGCAAGCACCAUUUUUGAGGAUGCAGGCUUUCCGAGCAAGAUUGGUACCAUAGCGGCAUCUGUUGUUCAGAUUGUAACAACUGUUUUGGGAAUUCUCUUGAUAGACAAGGCUGGAAGGCGACCGAUGUUACUGAUUUCCACUGUAGGAUCUUGCUUCGGUUGUUUCAUUACAGGAUCGGCAUAUCUAUUUAAGGACCUUGGCGCUGAGAGGGAGCUCACAGCUUCCUUGGCCCUUAUCGGUGUAUUGGUGUAUUUGGGACUUCUUCAGCUUGGUCUAGGAGGAAUACCCUGGAUUAUAAUGUCUGAGAUUUUUCCCAUAAACAUUAAGGGUCCGGCCGGAAGCCUUGUUGUCCUUGUCAGUUGGCUUGGAUCCUGGCUUGUUUCCUACACUUUCAGCUAUUUAUUUGAUUGGAGCCAAUCAGGAGUCUUCUUUAUAUAUGGUGGCAUAUGUGCUCUUGGUGUUCUUUUCAUUGCAAAGCUGGUGCCAGAAACCAAGGGUCGAACAUUAGAAGAAAUACAAGAAUCAAUGAUGAAUGGUAGCCAUUAAGAUGAACACAUUGCAGACCAUUUGGAGACAUUGAUGUAUCCUACAUUGAUGUUCAACAGAAAAGAGAGAGAGAGAAUUUGGGUUUUCUGCAAUAAGAUCAGAUUAUUUUUUUAAAAAAAAAAAGACAGAAUGAAAAAGAAUUAAAAAAGCUCUUAGAAUUAUGUCUGAUUUUAGCUUUAAGAGUAUUUUUGAUUUAGGUGAGUUGGAUUAUUCUUGGAUUGUAUAUAUCCUGCAUUUUCGUUUGUUCUAAUGAUCAACUGCAGUUCAUAUUAUCACAAUCAAUAAAAACAGUUUUCAGCUUUGGUUCUUCAUAUUUCAA